CAGAUUUCAUCAUUACACACUUUACACAGCCGGGACAGCAACACAGAGCGGUGAAUAGAUCUGAACUGUACGGAGUCAUGGAGAGCAGCACACAGAGCUCACCUCUUUCUUCAUGGAGGGAAUGUUUCGUAUUAAAGAGGAUCAGCAUGUUGGUCCCUGUUGGUUUCAAGGCAGAAAUCAAAGAGUUGUCUAAAUUGUCCUUCCCAGUGACUAUGGCGGCGUUUAUGUCGUUUGCAGUGAGCCUUGUCAGUACUAUCUUCUGUGGCCAUCUGGGGAAGACAGAGCUGGCAGGAGUGGCUUUGGCCAUCGCAGUUAUUAAUAUCACAGGUAUAUCUAUUGGAUCUGGUUUGGCUUCAGCAUGUGACACUCUGAUUUCUCAGACCUUUGGGGGCGGUAACCUCAUGAAAGUUGGGGUCAUUCUGCAGCGAGCGAUCCUCAUUUUGUUACUGGCGUGUUUCCCCUGUUGGGCGAUCCUCAUUAACACAGAAGCCAUUCUGCUGGCUGUCAGACAGGAGCCAGAGGUGGCCAGGGUGUCUCAGCUGUAUGUGAUGAUCUUCAUGCCAGCACUUCCUGCUACAUUCAUGUAUUCUUUGGAAACAAGAUAUCUACAAAACCAGGGCAUCAUAUGGCCGCAGGUGUUCACAGGUGUUGUGGUCAAUCUACUGAACGCUCUCAUCAACUACGUCUUCCUUUACGCAUUAAAUCUGGGAGUGGCAGGUUCAGCUGUUGCCAACACUAUUUCCCAGUUCUCCUUGGCUGCAAUUCUCUAUGCUUAUAUCAUCUGGAAGGGUCUUCAUAAGGCCACCUGGGGAGGCUGGUCUAAAGAGUGCCUGCAGGACUGGGGACCAUACAUCCGCUUGGCUAUCCCCAGCAUGGUCAUGCUGUGUGUCGAGUGGUGGACGUAUGAGAUUGGAAGUUUCCUGGCAGGUCUCAUAAGUGAGGUGGAGCUUGGAGCUCAGUCGGUGGUUUACGAACUGGCAAAUAUUGCAUACAUGUUCCCUCUGGGUUUCGCUAUAGCCGGCAAUGUAAGAGUUGGGAAUGCGUUGGGAGGCGGAGACACAGAGCAGGCAAAGCUGUCUGCCAAACUUUCAAUGUUUUGUGCAGCGUCAGUCUCAAUAUGUUUGGCAGCUCUCAUUGGCGGCCUGAAGAACCACAUCUCUUAUAUUUUUUCAUAUGAUGAACAAAUCAGGGAAAGGGUUGCUGACGUUAUGACUUUAUAUGCUCCAUUCAUGUUUUUAGAUGCAAUAUCAGCUGCCUGUGGAGGGAUUAUAAGAGGAGCAGGUAAACAGAGAAUUGGAGCUGUUUGUAACAUUUUUGGAUAUUAUGGUGUUGGUUUUCCCAUUGGAGUGCCACUGAUGUUUGCAGCCAAAUUAGGAAUCAAGGGUCUGUGGAUAGGCUUGUUUACCUGUGUGUUUCUGCAGUGCUCAUUCCUGAUUUUCUACCUGAUCAGAAUGAACUGGAAGAACGCUACAGUCGAGGCUCAAAUCAGAGCAGGAGUGUCUGGGACUUCCACAGGCACAAGCCCCCAACCAGAUGGUCCAGAGAACUUACAGGGCCGAACAGACACCAUAGACCUGAUUGAGGCUGAUGCAGAACCAGCAGUAACAACAGUGGGGCAGGAGCUCCCUUUCAGGACUCUGGUUCUGCGUCGGGGCCUGGCUCUGGCUGCCAUGCUGUUCAUCCUGGCUGCUGGAAUCAUUAUGAACGAGCUAAUCAUUAACUUGGUUACAUGAACAUGAGCAAAGUCUACUGUAAUAAUCAGUGAUUAACACCUCAGGCAACCCGUGCACAAUAUAAUGCAGAUGUUUGCGGUGCAAGGUCUGAAAGCAGGGCCUGCAGAGGAAAAGCAUGUGUGCAGAUGGGCAAAA